GAAGCCAACGCAAGCCUUAAUCCCUUGAUUACUGCGUUUCUUGAGUCUCUCCUGCAUUGCCUGCAUUUAGGCAUUUGAACUGUUGCUCGUUCGCACGGUGCAGCCGACUUUUGCCUCAUUACAAGCUCCUUGGCUCGACCGUGCCUUGCAGUUGUCAGUUCGCUAACCUUUACGCAAAUGUGAACCUAGCUUUCGUAGUUGGCUGCUCUCGUACGCAGAGUCAAGAUGGCGGCCGCUUGCUCCUCGCCGCCUUGGCACCGAGUCGGGGACUCGCCGAGUGCCAACACUGCAGGUAGCCCCUCGAAACUGGGGCCUACCGAUGCUACGCCGGAUCGGCCAUCAAGCCGCAACACCAGCUCCCCCGAAGACAGCUGCGCCAUUUGCUUGGGACAGCCUGAAAACAAGUCGUUCACCGACAGCUGUUUUCAUCAGUUCUGCUUCGCCUGCCUUGCAGAGUGGGCCAAAGUCAAAGCGGAAUGUCCCUUAUGCAAGCAGCGGUUCAAGAGCAUCAUCCACAGUGUCCGCUCGCUCGAGGAUUAUGACCAGUACUUCGUCAGCGACCUGCAGCAACCCCCAGCGUUGACGACGCACGUCUACGAGCGAAGGUUUCGCUUCCCGACCACCAUGACCGCCGAGAGGCGCCAGGAACUGGAGGCGAUGGCGCAGCGGCGCGAACGCGAGAGGCAGGCCCGCCACUCCUCCGCGACUCGCAGAAAUCAAAACCGCUACCUCCCCCGGGGUGCCACGACGAGCGACGAGAGACUUCACCUGUACCUGCUGGACCUGUGGGCCGUUCCCAGCACGUCGCACUAUCGCGAAGCGUCGCCCGAGUUCUACCGCGAAAACCCGGCUUGCACCCACCGCCUAGUCCCCUGGCUCAACCGGGAGCUGAACGCUGUGCUGCGGCAGAACCGAAGCAGAGUCGUGGCUGCCAUGGACCACGUGAUGGCGCUGAUCCUCAAUUUCGACAUCAGGCACCCUCAGUUUGCACGCAACAUGGAACCUUUCCUCCGCGAGCACACAGAGCACUUUGUCCACGAGUUCUAUCUGUUUGCAACUUCGGUGUACGACAUGGCGGAUUACGACACUCACACGGUGUACAGCUCGCGCGACGCAGCGUGCUCGCGCGCCAACCCUGUCGAGCGGUUCAGACGGACCCUAUGGGAAUCUGAACAGGCGGCUGCCGCAGCGACGCGUGCCGCACAGGUUGCCGAACGGCCCCGCUCACCCCAGCCGGGCCCCAGCGGUAUGGCGGUCAUGAGGGAGGAGGUGGUCACAACGUCCGUGGACAGCGACGGCGACUCCGACAGCUCCGACUGCAUCGUGGUAAAAGUGGUCAAACCGGCCAGGGAGCGAACUCCCGUAGUGAUCGACCUACUUUCAGCGGACGAGGAAGAGCCGGCGUCGCGUGACAACCGCCAAGCAGGUCCAUCCAACCAGGAGGCAGGGCCGAGCACUUCAGGUGGCCCAUCGGAAGACCGCAAACCUCACGAGCACCGUGCCGAUACCGACUCGUCCUCGAGCGACACGGCUGACGAGUACCCUCAGAGACGGCGCGCCCAACGUCGCGCUACGAGUGACUCGUCGUUGAGCGAUGUGCGUGACAAGCACCGACGGAGGCGGCAUUCACACGCACGAGAGCACUCUAAGACGGCACGUGACAGGGGACAGUACUCAGACAGGCAUGGCUCUUCCUCACGGUCGGGGCAGAGGCAGCAGAGAGAUGAGCAGCGUGGUGCGGACUGGAGUCGCAGGAGUAGCACGUCGUCGGAUGAAUAUGGCCACCCACCGCCAGCACAGCCGAGAAAGCUGGUCAGUGUUGUCGGCGCUGUGAGCAUUGCCAGUAAGCCACGCGAGGCAUCGCAUCACGAGCGCCGUCAUUCCCACCACCGUCACCACGAGCACAGGUCUAGGAAAAAGUCGACUCGGAAGCAUAAGCACAAGAGGCGCAGUUCUUCGCGUGAUUUUUAACCAUUUGGAUUUGUGCACAUAUGUAAAUUAAAUGAUUUUUUUAGAUAUACCGGCA